AUGGGCAAAAGGAAACGAGCUGCAGCAAAGGAAACAACCGACCACAAGCAGCAAUCGGGAUCGCGUAAGGACCAUUCAAUGACGGAUGCACCUUUGGCCUUGAAAGCGGGAUAUGCCUAUGUGUCAUUAGAAGGAACAGCGAUUGAAGCGAUCACGCAUCAGGAGCAGCCUAUGGAUGUUAUACCACCUCAUUAUGUCCAGAACCGUAUCGAGCGCGAUGGGCAUCCCUGGCACCACGUUACUAUUAUCAAUCCAACAGAGUUACCACGCGCGUUGGAAGCCAUAGGCAUCGAAUACAACAAGAAGAAAAAGUAUCAUCUCGUCCGUGCACUUGUGGAUCAUAUUUUGCGGGAAUUUGGCGAUGCCAACUUAUGGGACCCACCUGAAGAUCUAGGAUUGGCUUAUGCUGAACACAAUGAUACAAAGGCAUAUUACCACGUCUUGCAUUGGCCAUUUGGUCAUCGUAUACGAGAUCGGCUUGGAUUAGGACCUGCUUUCUUCCAUGUUACCAUCGGCUUUGAUCAUAAGGAUGUCCACGGCACUUAUAAGGGACCAGGCACAGUGCUCUGUCUUUCUCGACCAGGAUUUUACCAAAAGCAUCAUUACGAACGACUCGCUGAACUUGCACCUUUUUACAACAAUGAUUACGACUUCAUCAAGGCAUUGGUGAAACAAGGCAUAGCAACAUCAAAUUUUCGCAUCGCCAUGUCCUUAGGUUGGACUUAUCUUCGAGGCAUCAAUACACAAACACACACCUAUCUGUAA